UUUCCACUCUAGCCUCCGGCUCUUCCCCAAAAACCCUAGCUCUCGCAUCACGCCCUCUCGCACACACUCUCUGUGCCCAACCGAACCCAAACAGACCAACCCUAGCGCAGAGAAUGGCGCCAAGCGAGCAGACAGUGUUGCAGUUCGGACCGUCCUCGGCGACCCUGUCCGCUAAGGUUCACCCUUUGGUCAUCUUCAACAUAUGCGACUACUACGUGAGACGCCCUGACCAAGCCGAACGCGUCAUCGGCACACUGCUCGGCUCGAUCUCGCCCGAUGGCGUCAUUGAGAUCCUCAACUCUUAUGCUGUGCCUCACAGCGAGUCCUCCGGCCAGGUUGCUUUGGAUAUUGAAUACCAUCACAAUAUGCUAUUAUCCCACCUAAAAGUGAAUCCGAAGGAAGUCAUUGUUGGAUGGUAUUCAACCGGUCUUGGAGUUACUGGAGGUAGUGCGCUGAUCCAUGAAUUUUAUUCUAGAGAAGUUUCCAACCCUGUUCAUUUGACUGUUGAUACCGGAUUUGAGAACGGAAAGGGUACAAUAAAAGCUUAUGUUUCUGUCAAUUUGUCACUUGGUGACCGGCAACUUGCUGCACAAUUUCAGGAGAUUCCUCUGGAUCGUCGCAUGGUUGAAGCUGAACAAGUUGGAUAUGAUAUUCUAAAGACAACAUCGGUUGACAAACUCCCAAAUGAUUUAGAAGGGAUGGAAGCUUCAAUUGAAAGGCUAUUAGCUCUAAUUGACGAUGUCUACAAAUAUGUUGACAAUGUUGUGGAAGGGCAUGUUGAGCCAGAUAACAGCAUAGGGAGAUUUAUAUCAGAGACCGUAUCAUCCCUUCCCAAACUGUCUCCAUCAGCCUUUGAUAAGCUUGUAAAUAACAGCCUACAGGACAAUAUGCUCUUGCUCUAUUUGUCAAGCAUCACCAGAACACAGCUCGGCUUAGCUGAAAAGUUGAACACAGCUGCUCAGAUCCUGUAAUUCCAAUUAGUUGAAGGAAUUGAUGGUCGAAGAUAAUUCAUUUUACCAAAGUGUUCUCGGUGAGUGCUAUUUGGCCAACUUGGAGGAAGCUGACUUUUAUUCAGACGGUUGUAAUAUUUUUCAUAAUUUUGAGUAGGAAGAUCGUCCUUAAUUUGACAAAGAUUGCUUUACAGCGGUCCAAUUGUUUUU